AGUGAACAUGAAGUUGUGUGAAGUCAUGUGUAUUCAAGGUGUAGGGCAAAUAGUGCGCAUCUUUGUCAACCAGCUGUACGAUCCGGCUUACAUAUCAUCAGGCAAAAGUCCAGACUAUCGCAGUGAUCUCCUGGCCAUUAGAUUCGCCUCCUUCAACCCUAUCCUGGAUCCAUGGGUGUAUAUUCUGUGCAGGAAAAACCUAUUAACCAAGGGUUGCACACGACUCAAGCGUACUAUUAGACUGAGGAAAGGGGAUCAUAGUCGUGUUUUGGGUUGGAUGGAUGGUCAGCACUCACCUCCGUCAUUUGCUCAAAGCAAUUGCACAAGUUAUGCGUCGUUGCGCACGGCCAUCUGUAGAAAUGACGUGGGUAAACAGACCACCACGAACACUAAAUCUUAUGUGGACUUAACCCUUCGCCAGGCAUGGGACUUUGAUACAGCUCUGGCUGAGUUUCAUCCCUUCAGCGUCGAGCAAAACGGUGUUAUGGGGUUUGAUGAAGAUGAAGGAGAAUCAAGCCCCACACUCCUUGCCAAGAAUGCUGUGGCACUACCAAACACUCAAAUAUUAGAAAAUAAGGCUGAAAUAGUAACCUGCACUUUCAGUACACCUAGUUCAUGUGUAUCAGAAAAGUGCCUGAGACAAUGACCUAGAUGCCAAUCUAGAUUUAUUCUUUAAAGCACUGUGAUAAAAAAAGACUUGUUCUUUUGUCUGUGUUAGUUUACAUUCACUAAUAAUUCUGUGAAUUUGCUUUAUUUAGGAAUCUGGAAUGAUCCAACUUUAGGAUUAAACCAUAAGAGGAGGCACUACGUUUAGUCAGAUAACAUGGGUGUGUUUUAUGUGUGGGUAUGGAUAUGUUGCUUCCUUCUACCGUGCU